UACUGAAUACCCUCCAUGUCUCUCUAUCAGACAGUCACUCUCUGCGGUAUUAUGCCACUGCAGUCUCCUCUCCGGGAUCCGGGCUCCCUGUGUACUCUGCAGUCGGAUAUGUGGAUGAUAAGGAGAUAGAGAAUUAUAACAGUGACACUCGGCAGUUCCUUCUCAAGACUGAGUGGAUGAAGAAAGUGGACCUGACUACUGGGAGAGAGAGACACAAAUAGGUCAGAGUGAAUGAGCCUGUUUACAAGCACAAUGUACAAAUAUUGAUGAGCCGAUUCAACCAGACUGGAGGGAUCCAUAUCCUCCAGCGGAUGUACGGCUGUGAGCUGAGAGAUGACGACACCACUGCAGGGUAUAUGCAGUACGGAUAUGAUGGGAGAGAAUUCCUGUCUCUGGACACACAGAGAUGGAUCUGGAUCCCGACCAUGAAUGAGGCUCAGAUCUCCACACAGAGAUGGAACAGUCCAGAGGUCAGAGAGGGGGAGAGAGACAAGAAUUAUCUGAAGAAUCAAUGUCUGGAGGAGCUCAAGCAAUUCAUAGAGUACGGGAGAAAAGAUCUGGAGAGGAGAGUGCGUCCAGAGGUGAAGGUGUGGGGCCGUCGUCAGUCGGAUGAUAUGACCAGACUUCAGUGCCUGGUGUACGGGUUUCACCCCGACCUGUGGAUGUGAAGUGGAUGAGGAAUGGGGUGCACCAUGUUCCUUCAGAUGAAAUGACUCCAAUUCUCCCCCAUCCUGAUGGCACCUAUCAGAUCAGAGUCAGUGUGGAAGUCCCAACCAAGGAGGGAGACACUUACUCCUGUCAUGUGGACCACAGCAGCCUGGGGGAUGAGACUCUCAGUGUGAAAUGGGGUGAGUAAGUAGGACUUCUGCUAUCUGUCCAUACACCACGGGGUUAUUUACUAAAAUCUGGCGCAGCUCUGUAUAGAAACCAAUCAGCUUCCAGGUUUUAUUGUCAAAGCUUCAUUGAACAAGCUGAAGUUAGAAGCUGA